AUUCAUCCCUUCAGUCUGGCGCCGCGUGCGAACCUUCUGAGAGCUCGGAUCCGACUGCUCAGCCCGAAAAUAAACCGAUCUUUUCCUCGUACCCACUCAAAUUUGUAAUUUAAAAUUAUGCUUUGCUUUUACUAGCCACCAGCCACGCAACCACUUGAAAAAUGAUGUAAAAUUACUCUAAUUAAUAACAAUUAUUAUUAUUAUCGAUCAGGAAAAUCGAGUGUAAAUAAUUUAAAGUGGAACAUUAGUCACGGUGAUUUGUGGUCCCUCGGCAGCUAGAGGAAUUUAAUUUGACACGAGUACCAGCGAGUGUAAUAGUUUGUUCAUGAAUAUAUUUAGAGCACGAAUGUGUAAAUAUAUACUGAACAGACAAGUGGCAAAGGAAUGAAAUGAAUCUACCACCUGGUACCUCUCAAGCUUAUUCAAGGUCAUGCCUGACCUUGAAUAUUAAUACUGAUAUCGAUAAAAAUAGCAGAGAAUGAUAACGAAAAAUCAUUGUCAUUAGAUAUCAUUUAAUGAUGAUUGAUAAUGAAUAAUGACCGAUUGUGAGCUCGAAGGAAAAUCUCCGGCAGGUACCAGCACUAUCUCCAAGAAAAAACAAUGAAGAUCUGGGGUGUUAUAAUUAAAAUACAUCUAUCUAUCACAAUAACCGUAUCGAGUGUCCUGACGCUGUCUUCGCCAGGAAUCGAGAAGCCUCGAGAGAUACUUCGUCAUCAGCAGACGCACCGACCGCUCUUCAUCGAUCGGCGUUUGAUCCAGCACGACCCAAAGAUUCCCUCGUCUGGUCCCUUCUGGUCUCUGGCGAAAAAUAAAGAGUUUUACGAGUACAACAAAAAGCCUGGUCCUGAAGAAUACCAGCUGGACAAAGUCGACAAGGGGAAGCUAGUCAAGGUGGAAGCCGCUGAUGAAGGACACUUUACGAAAGCCGGUGUCGAGAAGCCCCAGAUAAGACAUGGAAGGUCGCGCGGGCACUUGGGCAGGCCCAGGAAAAUCGAAGAGCCUGAAAUCAAGAGCACUUUCUCCUCGGUCGCCCUCGAUCAAUUGAAGGGGUAUGUUGAUGUUAAUUUGUUCAAGAGCGAUGGAUAUAAUUACGAAAACGUCGAGCCGAUUUACUCAAAACUGGUCGGCCCGAAUGACACCCUCUAUGUGGACGUCGACGAUUUCAGGGUGAGUAACUUCAGCAAGUUUUUAAGUGGAGACAACGACCACGAAGUAAGGCGCACCGAAUUGGGGAGGAACCUUGAUAGAAAUUCAAAGCCGCAUUUUGUUGAAAUUUCGAGGAAAAGCGAGAAGGACGAGGAAUUGGUUCACGAGAGCAGUACGAGGGUUCAUGAUGUGUACGGAGUCUUGGUUCACCACCCGACGGAUCUCAGGGGAGACGAAUAUGUCGAGCGCGUGGACACCGACUACGUCUACGAAGAACUGGAGAAGAAUUUCAAUGACUCGGAAAAGGAGAGGGAAAAUUUGGAGGAGCUGGUGAAGAAAGACAAACCUGCUGUCCAAGACGAUAUUGUCACGCGGUUCUUGAGGAUCAUCGAGAACCAGCAUCUUCUCGGGGAGAACUGUACUGCGGGGACUGACCUGAACCUCGGCGAGGGCGUCGUCGAUCAGUACGCCCAGGAAAGGUUCAGGCUGGAGGCGAAUUUUGCGGUGAAUCGGGCAAAUAUGCUGACUCGGUUGUGGAAGUAUGCGCCUGAAGUGAUGCUGUCCUCGGAGUAUUUGCUCCACGCGAGUGUCUUGUCGAUGGUGGAAUUUGAUGAGGACAUAUUUGCGGCCGGGAACUGCUACGACAAGAUGCAGUACAAGGACCACUGGCUCUAUUGUCCCUUUGCACACAGACUCCCUGAUCACGACGGCGUGCUUGUCAAGGAUUUGGCCAUUGAGUACAAGUAUUUGAGCAACAGCAGUGAGUGGUUUUACAUUGCAAGGAAAAAUGCUGAGAGAGUUAUUGCUAGCAAUAAUCAGUUCAGUCAUGGGUACCACAGCUACACUUUGAACGAAAGCACUCACACGGAUCGCAUUGAAGACGAAAUUCUAACAGUGAGAUACGAGGACGGUCGAUGGUCAAAGCCUUAUUAUGAUUGCGGUGGAGGCAACAUCUGGAUGCUCACUUACACUGUGCCCUUCUUCGGCUACGCUAAUGAUACAUAUUUUUUCAAAGGCACCAGCGGAAUCGAUAUUGACCUUCGGAGAGUAGACAUCGAUCAGUGUCCGCUGCCGCCUGGGUCUCUUCAACUUAACAUUUUUGCAGCCAGUGAUAAAUGCAAGAAACGUACGACUGAAUGUAUCGCAAUACCAGGACUGGGAUUUCGCCGUGGAAGUUAUCGCUGCAUUUGCAAACGUGGCUUUUAUUAUCCAGAUAUUAAGUCUACAGAACGUUAUUAUAACGGUACGGUUGUGGAAGAGGAAUUUGAAAAGCUCAUGCUGGGCGAGCACAGCCAGUACUCGAUGGACGGAAUUUUCGAGUGUCUUCCGUGUGCAGAAGGCUGCGAGUACUGCGAAAAUGGGUCUCCGUGUGUGGUAUCCUUAAAUUGGCUUAUGAGGACGGCGCUGCUUAUUCUGGAAUGCUGUGUCAUAGCGUGUCUCCCAGUUGUUAUCCUUUUCACGUGGAAGUAUGGAAAUGUUAAGGUGGUGAAAGCUGCGAGCCCGGUUCUGCUGCGUGUCAUUGUUCUCGGCGCAUUUUUCAUUUACUUCACAACAAUUGUGAUGUACCCCCGCCCAAAUGUGGUAACUUGCACGAUCCGCGUUUGGCUCAGGGAAAUCGGAUUUUCUCUUACUUAUGGCGCUUUGAUGCUCAAAACCUGGAGAAUAUCAGUGAUAUUCCGAGUAAAAUCAGCAAAAGCAGUAAAAAUAACAGACAUGAACUUAUUGAAACGUCUGGGGAUAAUAGUCACGAUAUUCACCGUCUUUCUGGGAAUUCGAACAAUCGUUGCACCGCCGGUUGUUAUCGUCGGCCGAACUGCUGAUGAUCUCAAAGCCUAUUUAUGUAAAACAGACUGGUGGGAUCAUAGUUUCACUACACUGGAAGUAAUGUUUCUAGUCUGGGGAAUACGACUCUGCAUUGUUGUCAGGAAAGCUCCCUCGGAGUUCAAUGAAAGUAGAUUCAUUUCAAUGGCUAUUUACAAUGAAUUCUUACUCUCUGUAUUUUUAAAUGUUUCAAUGUUGUUCCUCCAGUCACCGGCAAAUCCCGACCUGAUGUACAUAAUAUUCUUCUGUCACACUCAAUUGACGGUGACGCCGCUUUUGGGGCUGAUUUUCGGCAGCAAGGCGUACGUCGUAUUUCGCGGUGGUGGGAAAGAAGACGCUAUUGGGAAGCUUCCGGGUGCAACGGGUAAAUUUAUUGGCAAGACGUGUCGAGCGCAAGCAUCCAGCAACCAAACGAACUCUAUUUCUCUGCAACAGGCCAAUUUCACAGAGGAAGGUGACGGAGUUAUGGAAGAAUUUCGUCGCCUUUACACACAAUUAGAAAUGUUGCGAGAAAAAAACAUGCGACUGGGAAACCGUCACUUGGCGGCUAAAAUUUUGGCGAUGCAAGAAGCGUCAAACCGUUCUAUAACACCGGUACCCAGCAUACAGGGUAUUUCAGCGACGCUUAAAUUAAGUAACUUAAACAUAACGACGUCGUCAACAUCCACUCCGACAGCAGUAGUCGAGACAAACGUCAGUAAAUUAAACGUCGACGUUUAUCACGACAAUGGACCCACCAGUGCUAGUGAUUGUACAAAAACAAAUGGGAAAAAAUUAGCAGAGGGAGGAGAUUUGAUAACUCCGCAAUCCGAUAGUUUGUUGAUAACUGAUUCGGGUAAUGAAAUUCCUUUUCCUUCGACUUCGGGGCAUUUUAAAAAUUCUAAAAUCACCGACGGUGACAGGAAUAUUGAUGACGAGCCCCAGGCCAGAGACUCCGCCGAUAGAAAGGAGGAAAAUAUCGGGAACUUGUCACCCGCUAAAAAUAAUGAAAAUAAAGUUAAGGACAAGGACAGAAAUAAAAACAAAUCCGGGCAUGCCCGUACUCACGCGAUCAUUAUUAAUUUAGAUGAUAAAAGUAGAUGCUCCGAAGAAGUUACCGUCUAAGUUAUAAGUACCGUUUAUAAUUAACUUGUUAAUUAAAUGCAUCAGAUUUUAAAUUUUACGACAAAAACUUUUUCAAAUUCAACUCUUUUUUCUAUAAAUAUUUUUUAUUUAUCAACUUCAGGGUUGAUAAUUAACCAAUAGCGCAGUAACUAGGCAGAAUAAUGGUCACUAGUAGUUAUUUAUAAUUUAUACUCUGCUAAACGCCCAAAUUUUUUUUCUAACUCAUUUUUCUAACGAUGUGAUAAAAUUAAAGUAUUUUUUUUUUUUUUUUUAAAAUAAAAGUCGCUUACGCUUGUACACAAUUACAGUGACCGCACAACUGACCUUUGCACAAAGUAACCUUGUUACAGAAUAACCCCAAAAAAUAUCCGGCUGGGUCAGAUUAAGCACUUGGAUUUUACCAAUUUUUUUUUUUCUUUAUUUAUAUACUUAAUCAUUUUUUAUUGAAUUUAUUUUAUUCUUCGCUAUGGCUUUUUAUACAUGCUGA